UGCUGCUCUUCAUCCCUCCAUCUUCUACUUCUUCUUCUUCUUCUUCAUCUUCUUCUUCUUCCUCUUCCUGAUCAGCCUCUCUCCAUCUCUGCUCUUUCUCCCUCUUCAUCCUUCAGACAGACAGACGGCAGCAGCAGCAGCUCCAAGUCUCAGUCUUCAUCACCUUCAUCUUCAUCACCAUCAUCAUCCUCGGAGGAAGAAGGACAGGGAGCCCCCUGACCCUCGCCCCGUCGGGUCACCAUGGCAACGGUCAUCUGUACACGUUUCACCGAAGAGUAUCAGCUGUAUGAGGAGCUCGGCAAGGGAGCCUUUUCGGUGGUGCGACGCUGCGUGAAGGUGCUGUCAGGUCAGGAAUAUGCCGCAAAAAUCAUCAACACCAAGAAGCUAUCAGCCCGAGAUCAUCAGAAGUUGGACCGAGAAGCUCGAAUCUGUCGUUUACUGAAACACCCGAAUAUUGUUCGGCUACAUGACAGCAUUUCAGAGGAGGCUCAUCAUUAUCUCAUCUUUGACCUAGUAACAGGUGGAGAACUAUUUGAAGAUAUCGUAGCCAGAGAAUAUUAUAGUGAAGCCGAUGCCAGUCAUUGUAUCCAGCAGAUUUUAGAGGCGGUGCUACACUGUCACCAGAUGGGCGUGGUCCACCGAGACCUGAAGCCAGAGAACCUGCUCUUGGCCUCGAAGUCCAAAGGAGCCGCCGUCAAACUGGCUGAUUUCGGCCUCGCCAUUGAGGUGGAAGGAGACCAGCAGGCCUGGUUUGGUUUUGCUGGGACCCCUGGUUAUCUGUCUCCAGAGGUUUUGAGGAAGGAUCCGUAUGGAAAGGCAGUGGAUCUGUGGGCCUGUGGUGUGAUUCUCUACAUCCUAUUGGUCGGUUAUCCUCCAUUCUGGGAUGAAGAUCAGCAUCGUCUGUAUCAGCAGAUCAAAGCUGGAGCCUAUGACUUUCCGUCUCCAGAGUGGGACACAGUGACUCCUGAAGCCAAAGACCUCAUCAAUAAGAUGCUGACCAUUAACCCGGCAAAACGCAUCACGGCUGCAGAGGCGCUCAAACACCCCUGGAUCUCUCAUCGCUCAACGGUGGCGUCCUGUAUGCAUAGACAGGAAACAGUGGAGUGUCUGAAGAAAUUCAACGCCAGACGGAAACUCAAGGGUGCCAUCCUCACCACCAUGUUGGCCACCAGAAACUUCUCGGGAGGAAAAAGUGGAAGCAACAAGAAGGCUGAUGGAGUCAAAGAAUCAUCUGAGAGCACAAACACCACCAUAGAAGACGAGGACACCAGAGUGAGGAAACAGGACAUCAUUAAAGUCACGGAGCAGCUCAUCGAGGCGAUCAGCAACGGAGACUUUGAGAGCUACACUAAAAUGUGUGAUCCUGCAGUGACGGCAUUUGAGCCUGAGGCGUUGGGGAAUCUGGUCGAAGGCCUGGACUUUCACCGCUUUUACUUUGAAAACUUGUGGUCUAAGAACAGUAAACCGGUGCACACCACCAUCCUGAACCCUCACAUCCACCUGGUGGGUGACGAGGCCGCCUGCAUUGCCUAUAUCCGGGUGACGCAGUACAUCGACGCCAAUGGCACGCCUCGCACCGCCCAAUCAGAGGAGACCAGGGUGUGGCAUCGCCGUGAUGGCAAGUGGCAGAUCGUCCACUUCCACCGCUCGGGCUCCGCCUCCACGCUCAGCAACUAACUUCCAGAGUGGGCGUGUCCGUGAUGGACCAGCCGCUGUGACAACAGAUUGAUUGACAGCAGGCCAAGCGUCAACAUUCAGGAUUAGUGAAGAGGAGGAGAUGAGGGCGGGGCCAGAAAGCGUCCAGUAGUGAACCACCAACCAAUCAGCUUCCUCUUUUCAGCUUGUUUGGACUCCUUCAGCCACGCCCAUUUUUGUGAUUUGCCGAUCAGCGCUGUUGUUCUAGUGCAGGUUGUUUUUUUUUGAUGUGUGGAAACCUCGUAUCUCCAUGUGUCAGGAUGACAGUAUUAACCAGUCAGUAUUAACCCUUAAAUACUGUUCAUUUUAUACACCUUCUCAGUGUUUUUACCACAUUCAGAACAACUAAUACAUUUAGAAACAACACAAAAAAACUUAACAACCUUUGUAUCUCUAUAUAUUAAGUUUCACAUUUUUACCUGAAGCCACGAUUUUCCUAAAUUUGAUACUGGUGGGCCUAAAUUUGGGUCAAAUUCGACCUGAACAGUUUGUAAUGGUAAUGUUAAAUUUACAGCUCAAAACUUCGAAAACACAUCAAACUGAUUUUGAGUUAAAUUAAAACUUUGAAUAUUUACAUUUUAACUUGCGAAUCAAAUUAGCAGCAGCUUGUGGUCUGACAGAGGUUUAUUCCUCUAAUAUACAGCUUUACACCUUAAAAUUUAGAUGAUCAAUAAUAAUAUAAGUAUGGAGGCUGAGAGUCGCCAUGGUAACAUAUUGCUUUUAGAUCCAUUGCCUUGUUAUCUCCUUAUAUAUGUAUAAAAUACUGUAAUAUGCACUAUUUUCUCUAAUUUGGUUCAGUUAUCUUUAUAGUACUCAGUUAGUUAUAAAACAGGUUUCUACAACUUAUAUUUAAGGUGUUUUAAGACCUUUCUGAAUGUAAUUUAAAAUCUAUUCAUGUCAAAACAGACAAAUGAAGUGCUAAGAAUUCAGUCUGAUUUUGUUGAUGCUCUUAAUGUCAAAAUAGAACAGCGUUUUUUUGGUGGCUGUUUUUAUUAAUCCAGCUUCAUCUGCAUGACCUGCAAAAAGUGCUAACAGUGAGCUUUAAAUGAGUUUUAUUGAAUUACAAGUAAUGAGCUCUAGAUGAAUAUUAUGUAAAUCUAAUCACCUCAGACUGAUGUGGGAGAUGAAGAGACGACUGAUCUGAUACAGUGAUGAUGGUCAGAGUCGCUCUCAGCCUCUGGUACCUCACAUCUAAACAUCAUAUUUACCUGAUCAAAAUGACAUCUACCUUAUGAAACAUGUAAAUGUGAUGUUUAAACAUUGUUUAAGGGAUAUACAUGGUUUGCUGUUAAAUGGUGAUGAGUUUCAGCCUCAUCUUGUUGCUUCCAUUGGGUUCAGAGCUUCCAGAAGCUUCCAUCGCUCUCUGACCUGUGAUCUUCCAUGAACAGCCACACCUCUACUCAACCUGACCCUGACCCCUGACCCCCGCCAGGUGUCCUAAUGAGGAGCCUACCUUAAUGAGCUGUCAGUCUGCCCUGACUUUAUCUGCAAAAUAAACUGAAGCUGUUAGUUCAUAAAAGGGUUAAAGAGCAAAGGAAGGAAGGGAAGGAACGAGGAAAGUUAUUGAAGAUGCCUGUUUUAAAGGGAUGGAGUGAAACAAGAUGACGUAAAACUGACUUGUAGUGACAGCCAAUCAGAAUUGCAGACACAGACAUGUGUCAUCUGUUGCUAGGACUAGAACAUCUACUCUCAAAACCCUUAUCAGUACAGAGUCUCAGAAGGGACAAACUUCUAUGACAUUGUGUAAAUAAAUCACUUACUGUGGCAGCCAGUCAAAUGAUUUACAUUUCAAAGUGAUUGUAUUCAGAUCUAACUGACAUUGCAUUAUGCCCCAGUGUUUGUGUGGUUUUAUUAAUUGUCAGAGUGUUUUGACCUCUCUGGGACUCCCUACUUCAGGACUAUCUGGCGUUCCCAUUGUUUCAUUGUCAAACCUCAUAUCUCUGUUUGUGCUUUGAUGACGUACUAAACUUAAUCUUUAAUAGUGAAUAUAAGAGCCGCUGCUCACACUCAUUCAGCCUUUGGUGGUUGUGGAAGAGACCUGAGGUUUUUAAAACCUUCACUGGACUUUUCUCUGGACGUCUGUUUGGGAGCUUGUGUUUCUUCCUCUCGGUGUUACUUUCUGUACAGAUUUACUGCAUGCUGGACUUUGUAUUCUGUGUUUCCGCUUUGGCCUUGCUGUGUUUUGGCAUUCGUGGUUGUCAGAUCUGCUCUGUUUUUUUAGCUUCUUUACCACCAGUGGCAACCUGGUUCCAACUCUGGUCUGGCAUUAGUUCUGGUUUGCUUUUCUUCCUCAGAGUCACAUCAUUAUUGGACCACCUACACCAACAUGGAACUGGUUCCAGUCAAAGUUAUUAAGCUUUGAAUUUUUCAUUAGUUUUAUAUUUAGUUUGCGAAGGUUUAUUUUUAAUUUCAGUUUACUUUUAGUUUUAAAAGUUAAAUCUCAAAAGUUAAAAAAGGGGUUUAUUUGUGUUUUCAUAUAGAUCACUUGUUUUAGUUCAGUUUUUUUAAUU